AUGGUUCAAUUUACCUCUGCCAUCAUGGCCCCUGCAACCGCGGCCUUUCUCCUUUCUUUCCUGGCCACUUCAGUGUACGCCACGCCAGUUGGUACAGGAAUGGCCGGGUCUUCCGUCGACGUUGGGACCUUCAGCAACGUCUUAGCCGAAAAGCAGAGCCCUGAGUUUACCGAGUGUAUGAAGAAGGAAUAUCCCUUGUUUCCCGAUGUCGACUUCAUCGAUCCUCAUGUUACCAAAAACUGUCUUGGUGCUACUCACUCAAAGGGCCAAGGCACCGGCGACUUGGUGGCCCGCGGCAAAUCCUUCGACUUCAAGUCUACCUGCAUCAAGUUGCAACGUAAAGAUUUCCCGUCCGUCUUCCAGGAAGCAGCGCCGUUCCGUGCAAAGACCGAUGGUUUCUGCGACAAAAUGAGAGGGGCUGUGAUAGACAAAGGCGAGGGUGAAAACUACGAGGUCUUGGGCGAUACCACAUUCAAGUACAGUGAUGCUGGCUAUGCCAGGCCAAAGCUCAAAUACAACAACCCAGACGCUCUUGCACUCAAGACCACGCUAAAGCUAACAGACCGUGGCAAGGACUUGAUAAAAGAUGCCGAAAACCCUGAGGUAGCCUACAACGAACUGUGCAGGCCAGCAUUUGAGAAAUUUGGAACCAAAGGCCCCGGAUGCACAGAAGAGUUAAACUGCUCUAGGCUUAGGUCCCAGGGAGGUGGUGGCUUCACUACCACUCUUGUUAAAAACGGUGAUAUGAAAAUUUUGGACGGAGAGGAGGAGAUCGGGACCCUUAUCGUGGACUUGCAGGUACUCAACAAGUGGCCUGGGCUCACCAAAGAGGAGGAGAAUGGGGCCUAA